AUGCCUGCCAAGAAACAGUGGGACGAAGAGGAGUCCGACUCCAGCACUCCGCCUUCCUCGCCUCCUGUCACUGCCGCCCGCCGCCGUCAGUUCGGUGACGAGGAAGAUGAUAGCGAUGUGCUCGAGUCUUGGGAUGCCGCCGAGGAUUCCGAGGUAGAGCGUGAAAAGGAACGCAAGGCCACCGAGGCCAAGGCCAAGGUCGCCGCCGAAGCCGCCGCGAACAAGAAGAGCAAGGCCGAGCGCAUCGCCAGCCACCAGGCCGAGCGUGCCCGCCAACGCGCCGAGGAUGAGGAGGAGAGCGAGGAUGACGAGACCGAAGCCGAGCGCCGUGAGCGUAUCCGCCGCACCGAACAAGAGGCCGACCUCAAGCACGCAGAGGAUCUUUUCGGCACCGUGGGCCUCAACAGCGGCCGCAAGGCUCCCACCAUUGGCGCCGCCGUCGUUGUCGAUUCCAAGGACCCCACCAACACCGUGAACCUGAAUGCUCUUCCGCUCUUCAACCCUCAGACCAAGAAGCAGUUCGAGCAGAUGCGCACCACCCUUGCUCCCAUCAUUUCUGGCAACGGCAAGAAGGCCCACUAUGGCCUUUUCCUCGAAGAGUUCGUCAGGGAGCUGGCCAAGGAGAUGAACAGCGAUCAGGUCAAGAAGGUUGCCAGCGCCCUUACUCGUCUAAGCAAUGAGAAGAUGAAGGAAGAGAAGGCUGCUGAGAAGGGUGGCAAGAAGUCCAAGGCCGCCAAGACCAAGACGUCUCUGGUCACCAGCCGCCCUAACACGACGGAUACCGCCACCUAUGAUGACGAUGCGUUUGGAGAUGAUGACUUUAUGUGA